AUAAUCAGAUCAUACAAGUCGGAACCACACACAGCUAAUAAAUUAGCUUUCUUUUUACUAUCAUCUUCAAUAUCACCUGCCUGCAGACAAAAAGUAAACCGCUCUAUGUAAUUUUUCCAGCAGCCAAGCGCCACAUCAAACUCCCCAAACUUGAUGCCCAUUUUGCACAGUGAUACCUACUUUUAUGCGUUUUUCACUCAAAUCACACACUUUACACUGUAAUUGCACACUAUUGUCCUAGUUUUUCUCGUCGCCACUAAUAUAACUCACAGUUUAGGGGUCCAGACACUGGCAUGGGUCAGGUUCGCGUUGACAGACUGACUUUUCACAACUACCCCACUUUGUACCCAAAUGUCAAAACCUACCCCCAUUGUCUAUACAUAACACAGUUUAUAGAUGCAAGCAAACUCAUAGGGGCUAUAACUGGCGGAAAUCUUAAACAAAUUUUAGAGACAUCCAGUAUUGGGAAACCUCUAAUCAAUAAAAAAGUAUUAUCGUCUAGUGACCGAAAGAUACUGACGGCCCUUAUUGUUGAGGCUGAGGUGCGGAAAUUGAAAGAAAACACUGACCCAAUACGAAAAGAAACCUGGGAUACGUGGACAUCAGAAAUUAUAAAGCUUUUCCCAGGUGAAACAAAGGGGGUAUAUUAUAAUCCUUUUCGUCUUGUUGAUGGAAAAGCUAUCCAGGCCAGUGGCCUGAUAGUGAACCGAUUAAUAACCGUACGCAGAAAAUUAAAUGCAGAAAUCCGCAGCCGCAGCAGAAGUUGUAACAGCAGUAAUAGCGACAAGAGCAGCGACAGCAGCGGAGACCAAAACAAGAGAAAAAAAUCUGCUGUCAAAUCUUCUAAUGCACGGGUUAGACCUUUUCCUGACACCUUUCAAACAAUAAGUACCAAUCAAGACUCUGAAAAAGAUACCGUGCAGUGGUUGAAGCACUCUUCUUCACCGAGAGAAUUGGUAGAAACAAAAUGGAACAGUUGUCUACAUGAACGCAUGGCUGCACUGCAAGAAGGCGACCAUGUUAGUUAUUUGAGCAUCUUCCCAGCACUGCAAUGUCCUUGGGGCUAUGAAUUGCUGGCCAGUGACUUUGACAAAAUAUACCCUGAAAUAGAAGGAAAGUUCGACGAAAAUUUCCCGGUAGUGAAAGGUCGCCUGCUAUCAUUACUAGAUGAGAAGGCUCAACAGCUAACACGACCUGACACUUCUAUUCAAACUGUUUUGGAUCUUGCAACUUCGGGGGAGGAACAAGCGAAUGUUGCGACUUUUCUGGCAGUUCCCCUGUUGCUGAAACAAAUGCACACUGUUCCCGUGAAAGGAGUCAGAAAACCCUGGAACCCGUCUAGAUUAGAAGUAAGCAACGCGUUUUUAAGCUUGGUGCCAUCUACAUCGGACCUUCAAAGCCACUUCAGUGAACGGAAGGCCACAUUGCAGGAAAAAAAAUUGCCUGUUCUUCCAUAUUUGGUUGCUGUUGGGGCUUGCUGGCAGGAUGUUACGCAGUAUGAUUUAAUAAUCUCUGAAGACAUCAGGUACACGUUUCCCAGCAUUUGUAAAGCUGUUUCAAAUACUUUUAAGAUUCUAUGGGCAUUAGACUUACCAUAUUCAAAAGAUUGUGCCCCAGUCUGGAUGUUUAUCCAAAGAAGUAUAUAUGUAAUGAAGAGCAAGUUUGACACUGAAGGCACUCCUAUGCUAGAUUUGCUUGCUUCUGUUUCUAACAGGCACGAUGGUGCUGUGUGCAAUAUGUAAAAGGUCUUUUGUCCAAAUGAAGCAAUUUAAAACCCAUUUUACAUUUUAUCAUCCAGGUAAAUGUUAUAUUUGUCCAAACAUGGAUUGUGGGAGAACUUAUCAACUCUACAAUUCAUUUAGGCGUCAUUAUUUGAAAGAACAUUCAGAUUCUUCUAUGUUACAACAGGCUUCAAGUGUACAGGAUUUUGCUAUUGGACAAGAGACCUCUCCCGUGAAUAAUGAUCCAUUACAUAAUGUGUGUAGCGCAACCGAGUUUCAAAUUAAAGAAAAUAAUAGUACUAUACAGAGUGAUAGCAAACACAACACACCGCCGCUAAGCGACAGUUUAGGUCAACUUUUCUCAUCCCUGUAUAGUAAUCCCCAUUUGCCGAACAAUGUGCUAGAUACAGUUUAUAGCGGUAUUCACAACAUGUUCACUAUGUCAAUCGGACCUCUGUUACCAGUAACUUCUAGCUCUGCCGUAGCAAAACUGACAACCGAUCUAGAGAUGUUUAGUUCAACUUAUAAACGACAUCAGUUCUUUGAAAGUAAGGGUACUUUAGUUAAUCCUGAGCCUUAUACUGUAGGGCGACGAUUUGAUUACGUAAAAAAAAAAGGUAAAACUUAUUACCAAGCAGUAGAGUGCAUAGCCCAUAAAAUACCUAUUAGAGAUGUGUUGCACAAAUUUUUUUCGUUGCCUAACAUACUUCAUGAGACCAUCGAUGCUAUGAAAAAACUGAUGGCUCAUGACACGUCAAACAGUAUAGAGCAUUAUAUGCAUGGUUCAUUUUGGAGACAGAAAAAUCAUGGAGAUAAGAUAGUCAUGCCCAUAUUUUUGCAAAUUGACGAUUUCGAGACUUUGAACCCUUUGGGUAGUCAUAGUGGUGUGCACAAACUAGGAGCCGCAUACAUUUCUCUUCCUUGCCUGCCGUACUAUUGUGCCUCUCUGUUAGGUAACAUAUUUUUAGUCUUACUCUAUCAUUCCACUGACAGAGUGGAAUUUGGGAAUCGUAUAAUAUUUCAGCCCCUGAUUGACCAGUUUAAUGAUUUAUUUAAGCAUGGAAUAGUUUUUGAUUUGCCAGAUUUCAAGGGCACAAUUUACUUUGAGUUGUCAUUAAUUUUAGGAGAUAAUUUAGGCUUGCAUAGUGUUUUAGGAUUUGUUGAGAGUUUUUCAAGCAAUUUUCCUUGCAGAACAUGCAAAGUAGAGAAAAAAGUCAUGGCUAAUCAGGUUUAUGAAGAUGAAUCUCUCUUAAGGACCGAGUCAAAUUACCAGGAUGAUUUAAAAACGAAUAAUUCAUCUCUGACAGGCGUCAAAGAAAAAUGUAUAUGGCUCGACAUAGAAAAUUUUAAUUUAUUUUCGCAAAUGGGUUUUGAUGUAAUGCAUGACAUGCACGAAGGCUGUGCCAAAUACGUCAUGUGCUCUUUACUUGUGGUUUUUGUAGACAAAAUGAAAUAUCUUACAAUUGAUAUUGUUAAUAACAAAAUUUCCUCAUUUCAAUACGGUCCCGAUAAAAAAGAUAAGCCCGUCACGCUGGCCAUGUCCAAUUUACGAAAAGGCAAUAUACGUUUAAAUGCUGCCGAAAUGAGCACAUUUUGCAAGUAUUUUGGUGUAAUGUUUGGUGAUUUCAUUCCAAGACAUAAUAAAUAUUGGCAACUGUAUAUUCAAUUAAUGACUGUUUUAGAUUUUAUUAUGUCACCCCGUUUUGUAUCUGAGCAAAUAGACUAUUUUAAGUAUAUGAUCGCUGACUUUUGCGAAAUGUACAUCACACUGUUUAACCAAAGUCUUAAGCCUAAAUUUCACAAUUUACUGCACUAUCAUUCGGCAAUGUUACGUUUUGGUCCCUUGAGAUUUCUGUCUUCAAUGCGCUACGAAGCUAAACAUCGCUUCAACAAGUUAGCUGCAAAAUCAACAAAUAACCGAAUUAACAUGACACUGACAGUAGCUCGAAAGCAUCAGUUGAUGUUAAAUGACAUAUUCUUGAAAGAAACUAUUCGUUCGCCUCUUUCGUUUGGGGGCCAAGCAGAAGUACCAGUUAGUGAAUGUAAACAGAUUUUAGAUCAAAUGCAAUGGUCAGAUAUUACAAAAUUAUAUAAAGUGAGUUGGGCGGCAAAGUGUUCCGAGCGCUACCAAGUAAAUUCUGUAAUAGUUACUGCUAUUAAUGAAGAAAACAUUUAUUUUUCCAAAAUUGAUGACAUAUAUGUUGAUGGAGUGUCUAAGAUUAGUUUCAAGGCUAAGCCUUUACAAACAAUUGGUUUUGAUAAUCAUUACCAUGCUUAUAAUGUACUGGACUCAUUACAAUCAUCACACAUAUACAUUGAUCAAGACACCAUGCAGUAUCCGUUUUUGUGCAACUGUGUAGUCAUUGGGCAUAACAUUAAUCUUCCUGAGUAUCAUAUCGUACUCAGUAAACCGAUUUAAUUAACCCAACUAGAGUAAGAUUUAAUAAUUUGUAGUAAUAGUAAGUAUGAUUACAAUUACUUAUGCAGGUAUAAUGCAUACCCUAACUCAGUUUAGUAAAUUAAGUUCAAAAGGGCCGUGGAACAUUACAGUGUUAACAAUUCCUAUUUUAAACAUAUUUUUGUUCGUAUUUUAUUUUACAGGAAGUAAUCAAAUGUUAUAUUACGGUAAAUAUGUAAUGAUUAUUGAUGGGAAUAGCCCUCAUUAUGAAAACAGUUUUGUUCAUGCAGUGAUAAUAUGCUAAUAACCCAAAAAAAAAUAAAAAAUCUGCGGAUAUAAUUCGUGGUUUGGAAAAUCCCCCCCCCUACACCCUCGAGGACUUUUAGUAUGUUUAUCUGGACACCACAAGGUAUAAAUAACUAUACCAAUUUUCAAAACAACACGAAUUAUUUCUGCUGAUUGAUAUUUUCGGCUUAAUUUGACGUGGCUAUAAGUUUAGUUUCUAUUUAAACGAUAUGUAACUACAGUUGUGGCCCUAAGCGCCACUUGCACCAUCCUACUAACUAAUGAGGGGUUAACCGGUUAACCCCUCAUUAGUUAGUAGGAUGGUGCAAGUGGCGCUAGAUUGUUGUGUUAGGAAACACCUUGCAUGUAAGUAGUGACCUGAUGUAUGAAUAGCGUUGUCACUAUAAUAUUGACAGUAAGGUACAGAACUGCACGGGGUGGGUCACGUUAUACUGUUGUUGGUUAUUACCAGUACUUAGGUUAGGUUAGGUUAGGUUAACAGCAGGUAGAUAUAUCGUCGGGUGAUAAGCAAAAGUCACUAAGUACCACCACAAGUUCAUAGCCAUAGUGAACCGUAAUAUUAUGCGAAUAAGGUUGAUUUUUGUUUAAUUAUUUUUCAGUAGUUAGUGAGUUUUGCUUGUUACCUGACGGUAUGCUAAUUAUUAUUAUUUGUUCACAUUUAGCGGGUUCGAUUCCCGGAUCAGCCAGGCGAUUUUUCUUAAUUAUUUGCAAUUCGUAUUGUUUUGAAAUAAAAAUGAAAGGAAGCUAUUUUUACUUCUACUCGUCAAAUAUAUGGUCAUACUUCUAAUCCAUUCGCAUCCAUUUAACUUUGAAAUAGUAGGUACAGUCAGCUUCAAAUAGCCAGCCAAAGUCGCCAAAUAUGUCGCAACACACCUUUCUUGCCAUGGGAAUAAGGUUGUGUUUCGAUAUAUUUGGCGAGUUGUCACCAAAUAUUUGACGAGUGGAAGUAAAAAUAGCUUCAUUUCUAUAUUUAUUUAAAAACAAUACGAACUACAUUCAAAGAAUU